AUGUAAUAAAGGGGUUUAGCGCCACAUUCGAGUAGCAAGGCGUGGUCGCCCCAUUCUAAAUUGGCCAACGAAGAGGUUUUGGAAAACCCUAGCUGCCUUCUCCCUUCCCUGUUUCACCCAAUAGGACAGACUCUACGGCCUCCACUAAUAGCUCCAAUGCUCCAUCUCUUUCCUUCUCCCUCCCGUUUUGCGUUCAAUGGUGUACCUCAAUGUCUGAAUUGCAUUUUGUUUGUCUUACAGCGGUUUUGAUCUGGUAGCAACAAGCGAGAACAAGAAGAUCGGGAGGUCCGCUCCUACUCCGACGAAAUCUAUCUCAAGCUCUUCGUCAAGAUGAAAACCAAAAAGUCGAAGACAGCUACAACUUCCGUCUCUAUUGUUGAUUUGAAGUCCAUCAUUCAUCAGCAUGCAAUGUUCUUCGACAAGUUAGUGGAGCUCAUCCCUGCAAGAUUCUACUUACCCAAUGACGAAAACGACAAACCUUGGUUUCAGGGCCUUAGCAACACCGAGAAGGCUUUGGCUAAGAAGGAAUCAAAGGAAAAUCUUAAGAAAGCUCGAAGAGAUCGAAUGGAUCCUGAAAAGUCAGCUAGAUCAACCGUUGAUUUGCUGAAGCAAAACUUGGAAAAGAACAAGUUAAAAGAUGAAAGCGAUGAUAAUGAAAUGGAUGUUAAGCCAGUAACGUCUGGGUUGGAUGGUGAUGUUCAAUCAGUUACAUAUGAAGAGCUUCGACAACGUCUUCAUCGAAAGAUUGAAGAGUUCCGAGCAAAUAGAAAUACAGGAUGUUCGAAUAGGGAAAAGAAGAGGAAUGAAAGAAAUGAGAGGAGGGAACUUAUUCAGAAGAAACGCAAGAGAGAACAUGGUCCUGAGGAAAAGAAAUUAGCAGGGCACCACUCAAGAGAUGAAGUGGAGAAGAAUGUAGAUGAAGCCUCUAAAGAACUUGCAUUCAGUCAUGUCAAACUCGGGACUGAAGAAGAGCAUGGGAAGAAAAAGAAGAGAAAGCUCUCCAAGUUGGAGGAGCUUGAAAGGGCUAAAAAAUUAGACGAAGCAAAGAGAGAUCCUGAGAAAGGCGAGAUAAUCUCAAAGAAGCAUUCUUGGAAAGCAGCCACAAGUAGAGCUGCGGGGGCUAAGGUUCACGAUGAUCCAAAACUCCUGAUGAAGAGCUUAAAGAAGGAAAAGAAACAGCAGCUGAAGAAUGUCGAGAAAUGGAAGGAUAGGAUUGAAACAACCCAGAAGAUGAAAGCAGAAAGACAACAAAAGAGGUCAGAAAACAUUUCACACAAAAUUCAUGAUAAGAAGAUGCGGCGAAUUGCAAAGAGGGAGAAGAAACUUAUGCGUCCUGGCUUUGAAGGUCGUAAAGAAGGUUUCAUCAACGGAAGCACCCCAUAAAGUGAAAGCAGGUUUUGUUUUACCUUUGAAAUGCAGUUGCUGCCCUGUUUUUCCUUAGUAGCUUUAACAUAUUUGUGUUUCUUUCUCAGUGAAAACAAUUGAGAACGAAAAACAAGAAAUUGUUUUAAACCACGUCCCUUGUUCUUCACUUGAAGCAAAAAAAAGAGCCAUACAAUGUCUUGAGUAA